AUGGAAAUCAUCCGAGAGAGUACUACGUUCAAAACCGUUAACGGCAAACGCAAGUUUUGUUGGAAGACUUUCUUCGUGCGACAAAACGGCAUCCUAUACUACGGGUCAUGGGACGAUCGAUCAUCGAAACCUACCGAUAUCAGUCAGUUAAAGAACUUGAGAGCAGUCAAGAUAAACGAUAGAGGUCCAAAAGUCCAGGAAACAUGGGCUGUGGCCUCAGAGGAAGACUGUUACCUGAAGGCGCCAGACUUAAUCGACUUCCUCUAUUCAGAGCUGGAGGACAAUAUUCAAUGCGAGCUUGAAGUGUGUGAAGUGCUUCGCAGGCAUCCGCAUCCGAAUAUUGCCACUUACUACGGCUGUCGAGAGGAGAAUGGCCGGGCUACUGGUCUUUGCUUCAAACGAUACAAGGAAACCUUGUGGGGGAAGGUCAAUCCUGAAUGGCUGAGCAAGAAUAAGUUCCGGGCUAGUGGUCGUGAGCAAGUCGAUGAUUCUCUCAAACACAACUUCCAUGCGAUUCUAGAGGGAAUCGAGCACCUUCAUUCUCUUGGUCUUGUGCAUAAUGAUAUCAACCCGUCCAAUAUCAUGUUUGAUGAGCAUGGUGUCUCGGUAAAUAUUGAUUUUGGGAGUUGUCGGAAGAUAGGGGAAUCAUUGGAGACUAGCGGAGCUGGACAGACGGGCGGGUGGCAUGAUCCAGAGAAUGGGCUUGUCUUGGAGAAGAAUGAUCUGGAUGCCUUUGGAGAGCUGAAGACUUGGCUGUUUGGUUCUGUGGAUGAUGCAUAUUUGUUCCAGGAGGAUUUGUUGGAGGAAUGA